UUGAAAUCGCAUAAAAUGAUGAAGCUGAAGAUGUCACUGAAUAUCUUGAACAAACAUAUUAUUUAGCAAAAUUCUGUUAUCAAAAUGAAUAUUGACGACAGGUGCUUGCGUAUUUUAAACAGUGGGUCUGACAAAGAAGCAUGUAGCGUGCUACUUGAUCUUACCACAAAGCAUGCACAGACAUUCAGUUUUCCAGAUUUGAAAUUAGAGGCUAAACAGGAAUUUAUUGCUAGUUUACAGAAGAGACUUGAAAAUGAACAGUCAUCAACACAAUGUCAUAUCCUGGCAUUACAGAUGUUGCGAUUGUUUAGUCGGGAGAAAGACAAGCUGGUUAAUAUGACCACAGAAUACUCUCUUGGUUUAAUUAUGAAAAUGGCUGGACUUAAACAUUAUGCUGAACAAACCAAUCCAGAAUGUGUAACCAUCCAAGAUGGUGGUAACCAGGAUGUGGUAGUUGAGGCCCAGAAAUGUUUGUGCAAUUUAAUAUUCAACAGUACACAAGCCCAGAGAAUUUGUAGUAAAAAUGGUUGUGUGGAAGGAACGAUACAGAGGUUAAAAACCUACAAAGAUCCAGCAUUAAAGUUUGAAAUUAAGUUUUUUGAUAUGAGGAUGUUAUUUUUAUUGACAGCAUUAUGUUCUGAUACCAGACCAAAGAUUCGUUAUGAGUUACAUGGCUUUACCUACUUAAUGGAAGUUGUAGAUCUGACGUUACGAGAUGCAGAGAGUAGAAAUACAGGCUUGGUAGACCAAGAAGUAGACCUGAUCUGUGAAAUCCUUAAAAUCUUGUUUAAUUUAACUGUAACAGUGGAUAAAAACACAUUGGAUGAGGAAGAAGAAGCACAUUUUAUGAGACUUGUCAGUGUGUUGAGAGAUUUGUUGAUGGUUAAAACGUUAUCUAAAGAUAGACAAGAGGAAUUAACCAGCCACACAGUUAACCUGUUAACCAAUAUACCUAGAGACUGUUAUGAGGAGUUAUUAAUUCCCCUGAAUGAGAUGGAUAUAGAGGGCAUGGAAAACAAGGAAGUAGAAUAUGAUGGUAGAAAUAUGGAAGCAAUAAUACUUUUAUUAAAUUUUCUAUUCAGUAGACUUGAUAGGCCUUAUAAAUCACUCAAGGAGAGUCUUACUCCAAUACUUCAUUGCUUAUGUGAAAUGUGUCGUGCAAACAGGUCAAUCAGAAAAUUCUGUAGAGCUAGGGUGUUACCUCCCUUGAAGGAUGAAGUAAAGAAGUUACCAGAAGAAGGAGAGUCUUUUAGAAACAGGUUGUGUAAAUUAUUAACUUCACCAAUAACAGAAGUAAAAGAUUUGGUUGCAGAUUUUCUGUUUGUUAUGUGCAAAGAAAGUGUUCAGCGUAUGGUAAAGUAUACUGGGUAUGGUAACUGUGCAGGACUGUUAGCUAACAGAGGUUUAUUACUGGGUGGUAAAUCUGAUGGGAAUUACUCCAGUAAUUCUGAUGACUCAGAAACAGAGGAAUAUUCACAUCUGAAAGAAAGUGUCAAUCCUGUAACAGGGAGAUAUGAAACAGAGAAAUCAAAUCCAUUCGAAGGGAUGUCUGAUGAACAGAAAGAAUAUGAAGCAAUGAAACUAGUCAAUGCCAUGGACAAACUGCAAAGAGGUGGAAUUAUCCAGCCUAGUGUGGUGGGUCCAGAUGGACGCCCUCAACCAGUAGAACACAUAUUGGAACUAACAGAGAAUAUGAACAUAGAGGACCAAACUGAGGGGACGAGUGAGGACUGAUGUCAGUAAAGUUUUCUCAUACAGGACAAAAGAGAGGAGACCAGUGAAAACUGACAUCAGUAGAGUAUUUAGACAAUAAUAAAUGUGAUCCACAAUAGUAACCCUGUCUGUGUAAAAACCAGAGGUGUACAGAAUGGAAAUAUUACUGUUGUUUCCAUUAUAUAAUUUUCAAGCAUUGUAAAAUCAACUUAAAAAAAAAUGUGUAGAUUGCAGCACAUUUAGACAGGUUAAUCUACAGGUUUUUAAGUUUGUUGUAUGAAAGAUGUGUCAGAUUCAAUAUCGAUGGUGUUUCUUGUUGUUUACAUAUAUAAUUCUGUACUAAUGCUUUUAAUUCUAUGCAGCUCAGCAAAAAUUCAUAUUCUCUCUGCAAUCUUACAUGAUUGUUUCAAAUAAUGACAACAGAAUUGAAUGCAUGAUUUAUCAAACUCCUGAGAACUUAUUUUGGAGAUGACUUUAUAUAGGUACACUUUACAGUGAUUUUGUUCCUUAAACAUGAUUUUCUUCAGACUUGUAAAACUUUUGAAAGCAGUUCAAAUACUUAUUCUUGAAAAUCAAAUUUCAUCAACACAAUACAUAAAAAAAGGAUAACAGGAAUUGCUAAAAUUGUUGGUUAGUACAACAGACCACAAACAUCCUACUCAUCCAGAAAAAGAUGUACCAACAACACAGGGUCCAGAUAGCCUCACUUGAUACAGGCAUGACAUUUAGUGGGGUCAAACCAGUUUUAUGUGUACACAAACCUCUCCCUUUGCCUGUUUAAUAUAGUUAUUUGUAGUGUAGUUGACCCAACCUUAAAACACAUGAUUCCCCAAAAUAUUCCUUAUUUGGUCAUUUGUUUUACCAUUUAAAAAAAAACCUUGCUGUUGAUUUUUCAUACUAAAAUAUGAUAAUGCAUAAUACAUAAUACUAAGAGACAAACUGAAGCAAACACUGUAGUCUUUGUUUCUUCAUGACUGAAAAGAUCCUUUUUCAGUCCAUCAUGUUUCAUCUUUUAAAAUAUGAUGAUUUGCAAUGGUUUGUUACUUCCACACUAGACCUUAUCGCUCUUUGGGAAUCUGCAACACUUGAACUAUUGAUGUCAUACAACAAUCACUUUUCUUUUGUGGCAUCAGACAUUUUCUUUUGUUAUGUCAAAAUUUUAUUGGAACUUCUGUGAUGUAUAGCAAUGGCGGACAAACAGCAAUAAGGUGUAUUAUGACAAAAAGAGAUUCUAAUAUUUUAGCUAUGAAAAAAAUGAAAGUUAAUGUAAUAGCUCUACACAGAUAAAGUUUGAUCAAUAGAAUUUCAGCUGUAUACAAAGGAAAGUUAUUUGUUAAAAUACAUUUUUUAUCUGUAUACAAUAAAUAUUUCAACUGUACACAAAUGUAUUGAGUAUUCUGUUGACAUGUACAUUUUUAGCUGUAUACAGACAGAGAUCUCAUUAUUUAGCUUUGGGAUAUUAAUUGUUGUGGCCUUUUCAUAAUGGAACUAGCUUUAAGAUUCUGCAACUCAUCACAAAAAAAUCUUACGAUAAAAAAUACACGUGAUAUGUAUUGAGCAUUGUCAGAUCCUUGCAAGAGAAACAUGAUAUGUAUUGAGCAUUGUCAGAUCCUUGCACGAGAAACAUGGUCACAUGAUCUAUAUUGAGCUUUGUCAUAUCCUUGCAAGAGAAACAUGGUCACAUGAUCUAUAUUGAGCUUUGUCAGAUCCUUGCAAGAGAAACAUGGUCACAUGAUCUAUAUUGAGCUUUGUCAGAUCCUUGCAAGAGAAACAUGGUCACAUGAUCUAUAUUGAGCUUUGUCAGAUCCUUGCAAGACAAACAUGGUCACAUGAUAUGUAUUGAACAUUGUCAGAUCCUUGCAAGAGAAACAUGGUCACAUGAUAUGUAUUGAGCAUUGUCGGAUCCUUGCUUGAGAAAAAUAGACUGUCACAUGAUCUUGUUUCAUUCAAUCAAUCUUAAUCUUGUGAUUGUUCACAUUCAUAUCUUUUUGUUGUUGCUUUUAUUUAUGUUUAUCUCUUACAAUGUAAAUAAUAUAUUUAUAACUUAAUGUAUUAAAUAUUGUACAAAAAUC